AUGAAGCCGCAAUGGCUGCACAGUACAGGGCUGCUGUUACUGUCUGCCCUAACAGCGGUCACAGCAAUCGAUGUAACCCUUACUCGCGACGACGCGCAGAAAUGUUCGGGCAUGUACAGCAAGAAGUCGUGGGGUGGAAAGGUCGACCCGUUCAUACUUAUCAAGUUCCUCAAGAAGGGAGAUCAGAACCAGGAGAUCGAGGAUCCCACCGUGGGCGUAGUCGUCUGGGAAUGGAAAGACUCGCUACUGCUAGGCAAGCCAUCUGUGAUGCCUGUUGACGACCGUUCAUACAUCUGCAAUGACGACGCCAUCGACGCGAAGCUGUGCAACGGAACUCAUAAGGGUGAGUGGAUCUUGGCCGACGACGCCGAGUCCGCAUCCAACAUGUACAUCCGGACUGCUGCCGUCCACCUGAACGAUCCUAAGCCGAUCAACUACCCAGUCGCCAGUGGGGAGCGGAAGUUGGCGAUCAAGACUGGCUACUACUGUGUCGCCACAGCUGCCUACACCAAAGACGUCGAGUACGAAGCUAUCGUCACGUUCCGCAACGCUUAUGGCGAGCUCCCAGCGGCGCAAAUCGCAAAGCUCCCCUUCUACGGCGGCAUCACCAUUGUAUACUUUGUUGUACUUCUCUUCUGGGGCUUCCUAUACUACCAAAACAGACACGACAUCCUGGCUGUGCAGAACUACAUCACAGCCAUUCUUGUCUUCCUCGUAGUAGAGAUGCUCAUGACCUGGGGCUUCUAUGACUACCAGAACCGCCAUGGCAACAACAUUGGCACCAAGGUGCUCAUGGUCGUUGUUGCUGUACUGAACGCUUUCCGCAACUCGUUCUCUUUCUUCCUGCUCCUCAUCGUAUGCAUGGGCUACGGUGUCGUCAAGCCUUCCCUUGGCAAGACCAUGACUAUCGUCCGCUGGCUGGCCGUCGCUCACUUUGUAUUCGGUGUCAUCUAUGCUGUCGCAUCGCUCACCGUUCGCCCCGAUGAUGCAGGACCACUUGUUCUGCUUGUCAUUCUGCCUCUAUCCGCCACAUUGACCGCUUUUUACAUUUGGACCUUGAACUCUCUCAAUCUCACCAUGAAGGAUCUUAUGGAGCGCAAGCAACACGUCAAAGCUACUAUGUACAAGAGACUUUGGUGGUGUAUUUUGACCAGUAUUGUCGUUAUUUUUGGUUUCUUCUUUAUCAAUAGCUUUACCUUCGCCGGCGCCUCAACUCCGGACUUUGCGCCGACACAUUGGCAGACCAGAUGGUUCGUGUUGGAUGGCUGGCUCAACCUGGUGUACCUGGCAGAUGUCUGCUUUGUUGCGUACAUGUGGAGACCCACAGCCAAUAACAGGAGGUUCGCCAUGAGUGAUGAGAUUGCGCAAGACGACGAAGGCUUCGAGAUUGCCUCAAUUCGCGACUCACUCGACGAGGAAGAUGGGCCCUCAGACCAUCCUCCAUCGUAUGAUCCAGUGCGACGACAGCGUAACGCAGCCCGCGACGUUUCGCCAUUACCUGCUCCCCAACCACAGAAGCCUAUUCAUCCGCCCAGAGAAUCUCUUGACGGUGACACCAUCUUUGCGGUGGGUGAAGAUGACAAGUGGAGUGAUGAUGAGGAUGAUCUAGAGCCAGCAAGCCCGAAAGGCAGUGAUGAUGAACAUGCACGACUGACAAGUCACGCGAGUCAAAGUCGGAAGGAUGAUUAG